CCGUAUCCGGUCCAUGUCUGCCGAGUCAGUGUGGUGUCGUCCGGUCAUUAAAAAGAUGUCUAAUGUCGCUUGUGAGCCAGCAACGCGUGUCUCCAAGGCUUGGCUCGCCCUCAAACGACUUGACAAGAACGAUGACAGAGUGGUGGCUCUUCGUGAGGUGUCCAUCCCUGUAGCAGCCGACUUGUCGGCCGUCAUGCAGAUGCUCGCCGCCUCCUUUGGCCUGUGCUCCUCGGACGUGGUGUUCAAGAUCAGAAACCAGCGCGGGAGUUUGAUCCCUCUGAACUGCUCCAUCCCUACAAACAGCAAGCAUACGCCUUAUUUGCUUGAAGUAGCCAAGAUCUUUCAGCAUGUGCGUCCGACCCCUAAAAGCAUCCCCAUGACCGUGAUCAACAAAAGCAUGAAGACGAGGCUGCACACCAUUGACAAGAGGAUUCAGAGACUGGAAGAGCUUCUGCCCCAGAUAAAACUCAGACGCAAUGAGAAACUCAGCCAGGAGAUUGAAUGUCUGAACCAGAAGCUGAUGUUUCUUCAUAAGAGAAUGCAGGUGGCGGACUCGCACACGUGGAAAGGAACGCUAACCCGAGCGCCGCUGUGGUAAACCUUCAACCACGCUGAGGACUUUAAGGGCUGUGAACCAGGAACACUAAAACCACCACAAACGUACCUUCUUUUAGGUUUUUUUUUAGUUUUAGUCUUUUUUUUUUAAGUAAACUUAAGACAAGUGUCGAUAAUUGUGUACAAUACAAAAUGAUUAUAAAUUAAUACAACAAUUAUGUGUGGGACAUUUUAUUUUGUAAAAAAAAAAAUGCUGUGUUUUAUAAGUGACUAAUUGUAAUAUUAG